GGCGCAUCCAGUGGCAACAGUCUGCACUCUCCUGUUCUCCACAUUCAUACGCAGUUCUCUUCUCGAAGUUGCGAUUCUCACUGCUAUGUCUAUUCAAUAGAUGAAGAAACAGAACAGCGCUUUGUUGGAAUCUGGAUCAAAUCACAGUGAAUAUUAAUUUCUGGCCACAUUGCAUCGAUCAUGUGCACCCUCGUUCACUCAGUAGCAGCCGAGACCUCGGAGAGAGAGGAUUGAUUUUCGUUUCUAUUCGGUUCCCAGACGCACAAGGCUUGAGCAGUAUUUCUUUCUCAAAGGAAACCACUUCAACGAGAAUUUUUCAGUGUUCUAGAUUUGGCAUUCCGAAUGUGUUCUACCCACGACAAAAAUUCCUCACUUUUGUGAGACGGCUGUUUCAGAAUAUUCACAUUCGAAGCAGGGGCGAGAACUCAAAACUGUUUGUGCUUUCAUUUAGCAUUCCAAUUUUAGUCAAUGGAUGGAAUAAUAUUUUGAUUGGUUUGUAGAUGUGGAGUGAUUCAGGAACACUUUGUAACUCCUGAACAAACGGAAUUGAUAUGACUUACAUUUGAUAUUCAUAUUUUGAUUUUUGGAAAGACCGAUCAAUAUAGUCUGAUAACUAACUCUCUUGGAACUUGGAUUACUGAGGCUUCGAUUGCAUGAUAACUUUUGAAUCAAUUAUGUUAUCCAUCGGCAGUUGGAGAAUGCGAUAAUUGGUUGCCAAUACCAUUAUUUAUAUAAUAGUUAUAAUACUGACAUAAAAUCCCCGAAUCGAGAUCAAGAACCCUCGUGAAGAAAUGGAAAGAUCUAUUUCUCUACAAUUCUUCAAUUUGAUCCAUUUUUAUAUAAGUGAGCACGGAGCUCAGAAUCUCCUCAAGAAAUUAUUGGAAAUACUUCAGAAUUCUCAUCACAAGCUCAUUUAAUUUCAAAAAAAGAUUUGGCGUUGUGCUUCAGUUAGGCCUAUAGUAGUUCUAAUUGUUUCAUGAACGAAGUCUUAUUUGAAGAGUGCAAAUAACUAAUUAUGAAAAUACGAAAUAAGUAGGUGAUUGUAUGUUUUCCGAUCAUUUGAUUUACCCCUUACGAGAUCAGUUCUGAACUAAACACUCCACGAUUAUAAUUAGUUAAUUAUUGUUGAAUGUUGGAGUUCGUCAGUGGAAAGAGCCAAUUCAAUAUUGAGACAGAUAGAUUGGCAACUCAACGGAAAAUUAUGGAACUAUUAUGAUGAUAUUUCGAAACCUCAUGAAAAUAGCAUUCUACUACUCAUGCACUUUUUAUCUAUGAUCAAUCAAAUGGUUAAAGUUGUAUCAUAAGUACUAUUAUUUUUGAUUUAUUCAUUUUUGUCAAUAUAGAUUCUUGAAAGAAAUUGAAAUGAAUUUAAAAAACGAGCCGAAAGCCAUUAGUUAUUUCAAACGAAUUCAUUGAUGUUGAUAAGGAUUUGCGGCGAUGGAAGAAGGAAUUGAAUGAUAAGAACCCUGGAGUAUUGAGUUCUAUAAAAUCACUGAUGGAUCUGCUUUCAGAACUUAUGACCUUUCACAACAGAUGAUCAAUAAAAACGUACGAACGGUGAUCAAGAGUCUAGAGGCUGCGCUCAAUAAACUGAGAAACUCAUCGGUUUCAGUCGUAACCCAGAAUAAACACUUGGACGAAAUGGACAAACAGUUUAUUCUGUCGUCGCACGAGACGCUGCUCAAUUACUUGAACUUGACGGAGGAGGACGUCGACUACAUGAUGACGCUCAACUUGACGUUCACCAACAGCUCGAGUGUGGACACGCUGGCAGCGUGCUACUGCAGCGGCGGCAUCCGUGACCUGGCCAAAUCCUACCGUAGCGUGCACGGAUACGUGAGUCUGAUAGUGUGCGCGUUCGGCACCAUUGCCAAUCUACUCAACGUGAUUGUGCUGACGCGUAAAGAAUUGUGCUCAGUGCCCAUCAACCGCAUCCUGACCGGGAUUGCGAUUGCUGACAUGCUGGUGAUGCUGGAGUAUGUGCCAUUCGCCUGCUACAUGUAUCUGAGGCCGUCCAUCCUGUCCGAGUUCACCUACACGGGCGCUGUCUUCAUCCUCUUCCACACGCACUUCUCGCAGGUCCUGCACACGAUCUCCAUCUGCCUCACACUCACGCUCGCCAUCUGGAGGUAUGUUGCCAUUAGAUACCCGCAGCAAAGUCACAUAUUGUGCUCGGAGCAGCGAUGCCAGCAGGCGCUGAGUGCCGCCUUCCUGCUGCCCCUCUUGAUCUGCGCUCCGUCCUAUCUCAACUUCAGCAUCCGAUCGACCAAGGUGCUCGAGAAGUCCGGAGUGGUGGUGCUCUACCACAUCGACCUGUCGCAGGUCGCUAAGGAGGACGACGGUCUGCUCUACAUCGUCAAUCUGUGGGUUUAUGCGGUGCUCAUCAAGAUUUUCCCCUGCCUUCUGUUGACUGUUAUUAGCUACUGGCUUAUCAACGUGCUCUACAGAGUUAACCGCAAGAAACAGGAGCUCAAGAGCAAUACAUUCAAUAUGACCGGCGCUGGUGCUGAAGCCAGUGGCGGGAAACCGAAGCUCGACCGCGCUGGUAAGAGGAUAGACAGGACGACAAGAAUGCUGGUUGCGGUGUUACUACUUUUUCUGAUCACUGAAUUCCCGCAAGGUAUCCUUGGACUCCUCAGUGGUAUCCUGGGCAGAUGCUUCUUCAAGAACUGCUACCAUUUAUUCGGCGAAAUAAUGGACAUUCUAGCUCUCCUAAAUGGUGCAAUCAAUUUCAUUCUUUAUUGCUCGAUGAGCCGUCAAUUCAGGACGACAUUCAACCAACUUUUCAAGCCAAAGCUCUUGAGAAAGUGGGCUCCGUCGCACACUGAAGUACAGACCACAUUUGUCUAGUCAAAUAAGAAAUAGUGCCUAAUAGUUAUAAUAUUGAUCAUAAUUCUAUCUAAUGUUGUUGUUUUUCAAAUCAUUGUAAUAAUUUUUUUUAUAAAAUACUGCGACUACCGUCAGAAUGUAUGCUUACUGAAUAAGUGUGAUAGAUGAAUCUAUGCUUACAUGCUGUAGGCAAAGACGACAAAUUGAAUUUUAAUAAGAUAGCGUUGCUUCUAGGUGAUGUAAGACUUAAAAGAAGCUCAGACGGUCUCUUAUCUAUUCUCUCUUAUCUAUUGUUCUUUAAAGAAUGUUUAUAUUUCUAUUACUCUAUUGGUUGAAACAUGACUUUUAUAUUACAGGAGAGCUGUUCAAAGAGAAUGAAGCCUCUUGGUUCCAGAACAGCUAAACUGGAUUAAUUUGACUAUUCAAAUACUGUACUUGAAACCUUAAGCAACUUCCCAGGAUAUAAGCACAGAUCAGACAUUCAUUCUAUCUGUAGACAUUGAGAUAUCAUGAUUAUAAUUGAUAAUUAUUAUUACCAUCAUUAUCAAUAAUAUCUGUAUCAUUGGAAUAUAAUGUAGACAUCGGGAUAUUAUCUAUGAUAAUAAAUCCACGCACCAGCAGGUGAUGCUUGAGCGGGCAUCAUCUAGCUAGAAUUCUUCUCAAAUUGUAUUAUUCAAUGAUUAUACAGAAUAAAGAAUAAUUUUGAAAUUGAAGUCAUAUAAACGCUAACUUCAGUAAGUUGGGUCAUAUCAAGAGAAAAAUAUUCAUCUUCAAAUAAUUGAUUUGUUGAAUUUCAAGAUCAAAUCUUGAAAACAUCAAGAGUUUCAUCCUCUUUCCAUUCCUGGAAUUUCUCCGACGCUCGCAUUUCCGAACUGAGUUAAUGAUGUCAGAGUUCUCGAAACUAACGAGAACAAUUCCCAGAAGCUUCAUGCGCUUUUUUAAUUCAUGUUCAAGUUCUACAUUGGAAAAUUCAUGGGAAUGGUCGAUGAAAGAAGUAUGUUAACAGUAUUAUUGUACGUUUCAAUACUAUUGUAGACUGUACUUAUAGUCUUUUAAAAUUCAAAGGUUGAAUAGAUUCAGUGAUUUUUUGGAUACACAAUUGCUUGAAUGACGAUUACAUAUUUUUUAUUCCGUUCCAUUCAGUGUAUGAAACUUGGAUGGAAUGUUAUUUUCUAUGAAUAGCAGAUAUUUCAGAAAUCUCGAGAAUAGAACACACUUUCAAAAUGAAUCUAGCUUGGAAAUACAACUGAGAAUAAAAUAUAUAUAUUUUUAAUGAAUGACAUUAUGAUGCUUCACAUGAAUCCUCCUUAUUCUCCAGAUAGGCCUACCAUCGUCAAACAAAAUUCACCUCCAGUUACAAUAUGAAUCUAUUUUACAUGAAUAAUAAUAGGUAACUAAAUAUUAUUCUUCAUUCUUCAUUGAUUGUUACAAUAAGUACAUCAUCAAAAUUAUACUACUGGAGCACGACUUUUAGCUUAGUAUAAGAAUCAAGUAGUUGUAAUUAAACUCUUAAACUCUUAACAAAGCAUUCCAUCAAUAAAAAUGUUGAGCUUCCCUGUAACUUCCAGAUGCUUUCACAGCUGGAACCUGGAUUGAGGAUACACACUUCCUCUUUAUGGUAACGAUAAAUAAUUAUAUUGUUCUUCCUUAUCAGGAAAUGUGAAUAAUUAUUACAUCAAACUGGAGGGGAUAUUUUGUUGCUGAAAUUCGCGAAUGUUAAUUAUUUAUAUGGAUAUUAUCUUGUAUUAUUCAAGAUGAAGUUAAUGCAAAUAAUACUACAUUAAGAGUCCAAAAUAUUUUAUUAGAAAUAAACAAUAAU